AGUCAUCUUUCUUUCCUCCCUUUUUCCUAGAUGAAAAAAACAUACAAAUGGACGCUUAACGAAAAUGAUAUAGAGAUUCGAGUAUCAUCUCGCACGGACCAGAUAAGAAUCGAUCACCUUUUCAUGCCGAUUACAAGAGAAAGUGAAAAAUAAAAUAUAUAAAAUCCGGAAUACAACAUUUUCAAUCGGCGGCGACCACCGUACAUCCAUUUCCAUCGGCGGAGACAGCACCGGAGAGAGACGAAGAAGAACACCGAAGAUGCUGAGAAUAAAGCCCACAAUUCCUGCAUUACUACCACAUCUCUUCUUCUUCUUCUUCUUCUUCUCCGGCCUACCGGAUUGGAUCGUCGAUGCGCAGGGUCUGGUUCCGGCCAAGUACGACGGGUUCAUGUACGGGAACCGCAGAUUCGGACUCGAUACCAUCAUGAUCGAAGCCUUUCUCGACCCGCUCUGCCCCGAUAGUAGGGAUGCCUGGUCGCCUCUGAAACGCGCCCUCGACUACUACGGUCAUGCCAUUUCGCUCCUCGUUCACCCCUUCGCCUUACCUUACCAUGAUAAUGCUUUUGCUGCUUGCCGUGCCUUGCAUAUUAUAAACAAGCUGAACACAUCUGCUACAUACAACUUGUUGGAAAUGUUCUUCCAGCAUCAGGAUAAGUUUUACAACCAACAAACAUACAAACUUUCUAGAGCUGAUAUAGUAAAUGAAAUGGUGGAGUUUGCAACGGAAGCAGUUGGGUGUGCCUUUCGUUCUGCUGUAAAAUCUGGCUUCGAUGACAAGCAAACUAAUCUUGCGACAAGGGUUUCCUUCAAGUAUGGUUGCUCAAGAGGGGUGUAUGGGACACCUUUUUUCUUUGUUAAUGGGUUUCCAUUGCCUGGUGCUGGCUCAGCUAUAGACUAUAAUGGAUGGAGAAGCAUCUUGGAUCCAUUGGUCAGUAAACUAGGAGCAAUAGAGAGGGAACACCUUUCGUCUUAUUAAUGAUUUAACUAUGGUUCUCCUCUAGUUGUACAACUGCUCAAAGAGUUACAAUGACAUUGGUGCUCAAUUGAAAUGAUUGCGGUGGCAACAAGCUGUGUAGAUUGAAUAUGAGCCUUUGCUUGAUACGGUUUUAGUGUUGUGUAUAGCUCCAGUUGGCCUCUUUCAUAGAGAAGAAGGAACGGAGAUAAAAUCAAAGGGCAAAAGAUAGUCACACCUCUCUUGAGGUUUAGUAAAAAGACACAGACAUUUUUGAAAUUUCAAAAAUUAGAGGAGGUCGUUGUCUUUUUGUCAAAUUUCAAGUAAAAUUAGUGUAUUCUGCCCUAAAUCAAAUGGAUGAUUUGCCUUGAAACUUUAAAUGACAAGCUUCUAAUUUGAGACAUAUUAAAGGUCUUAGGUUGAAGAAGAUAAUAAGCAUGGGACUUCUGCAAUUAGCUGGAGUGUCUUGGGCCUCUUUGCUGAUUUGGGUGGAGUCAAUUCAAUUUCUAAAUGGCCCAACCAAGGGCAUGCCUGUGAUUGGCCCAGGUGCAGGAAGUCUUUGUAUGAGUGGAAUCGGCCGAGUUCACCCGGGUCAGAGCAGUAUGGAAAAAUCUAGACUUGGAUAUACUUUGGUGGCCCAGAUGACAAUUGACAAGGCAAUGAACUUGUGUUAAUCGUUUUCCCCUUUGCUGGCCAUUUGAAUAUUUUUCAUUAUUUUGGUACAUUUAUAAUUAUUACUCAACUUGCUUUGUGAGGCGAUAUUUGAUGAUUUUUAAUUUUUUAUACUUUUU